UAUUUCUCUGUUCGCUUCUGUUUUGAAAACAGAGAGGCGAAACAGCUGACUAGUCGCCAAUCGAUACGACGAGUCCAUUCGGUCUGCUUGUGCGUUUUAUUUAUUAAUUUUUUGAAUUUCGUGGCUGCGUUUUACAGGAAACUCCCAUGAUUGUACGGGCAAGAAUAAUAUUAUGUACAAGGAAUUUCGUGGCAAGGAAAUUAAACACGAGCCGCGGUCGCGCGGACUGCACUCAUUUCCAGAUCACUUUAGAGAAUCUCAGUCGAAUAUUUGAGCUGAGCUCUCCCUGCAGCCAAUGACCAUUGGCAGCGUGUAAAUAGUGUAGAUACGUUGGAAGUUUAUACGAAAUAGUAUUUUAAAACUUUUUUUAUUUGAAUUUUGUUGAAUUAUCAAAUUGCUUUGAAACAAAAAAUUCAACAAACCAACCAAACAUGACCACAAACGCUCAAAACGAUAUGUCACUCGGAGUCAAGCUCCUCACAGCCGGGACUGCAGCUUGCAUAGCAGAUCUGGCAACCUUUCCACUGGACACAGCUAAAGUUAGGAUGCAGAUCGCAGGAGAAGGGCGAGCGAUACUGGUCGCUACGGGCGAGGGCGCAGUAUUGGCGGUCAACGCCGUACAGCCUGGACUGUUGCAGACCAUGGGCAACAUCGUUCGUAAUGAAGGCAUGAGGAGCCUGUACGGAGGUCUAUCCGCGGGACUCCAGAGACAGAUGUGUUUCGCCAGCGUACGCUUGGGCCUCUACGACAGCGUCAAGACACUCUACGCUGGAAUCAUCGACGGUAACCGUAGGCACGGGUCCUCACCACCAGAAACCGGUUCCAUCAACAUUGGCGUGCGCAUAGCUGCCGGUAUCACGACCGGCGCCUUGGCGGUGCUCUUCGCCCAGCCCACCGACGUGGUCAAGGUCCGCCUGCAGGCCGGUAACAACGGGCACGGCCGGACUCGGUACGCCUCGACUCUUCAAGCCUACCGGAGUAUUGCCGUCAACGAAGGCACCAGUGGACUAUGGAAAGGUACCAUGCCGAACGUCUCGCGCAACGCGAUCGUCAACGUGGCCGAGAUAGUCUGCUACGACGUGAUCAAGGAGAAGAUCCUGAGCUCCGGACUGCUGCGAGACGGCAUCCCCUGCCACCUGACAGCCGCGGUGGCUGCCGGUUUUUGCACGACCAUCGCGGCCAGCCCCGUCGAUGUGGUCAAGACUCGCUACAUGAACAGCGCCCCGGGCGAGUACAGGGGCGCCCUCGACACGGCCUACCGCAUGCUGGCCAACGAGGGGCCCAUGGCCUUCUACAAGGGCUUCGUGCCGAGCUUCACGAGACUCGUCUCCUGGAACAUCGUCCUUUGGGUCACCUACGAGCAGAUCAAGAUCCAAGUGAAGAAGCUGCAGGCUGCCGAGUGAGCGGGUAGGCACCUAAUCUCCGUCGCGUUGAACCAACCUUUGUUUUUAACGAGAGAGAUCUGUGGAGGGCCUUUGGUUUAUUGUGGAAACACCAGGACUACUUGUGCACAUGUAAAUUUUGAUUCACUUGUAACAUCGUUAUUGCGAAAAUACUGCACAAACUUGAUCUUUUUUUCAUUCAUUUUGACAAUGUGAAGUUCAUCCCUCGCCUCUAUCAUCGAUUGUAACUGUUAAUUGUAAUGACAUGCCCAAUUUGACCACAUGAAUUUUAUGACUCGUUUUGCGUGAUCCGUUAUCCAUUCUACUGGAAUCUUUUUCAUAUUGUGUUUAUCAUAACGUUGGUCACUUACAGUGGGGGUAAGAAAUUUUUGUUAAACGUCACCACGUUAAUCGUUCUCAAGGUAUUUUAUCUCUUAAUAGUUUAAUGACUCGGAUACAAAUAGAAGAAUUGUAUUGAAAGAGAAGGAUCAACUUUUUCGAGGGAUAAAAUUUUUCACCAACAAAAAUAGAGAUUGAGAUUUUUAUUUUAUGCGUCAUAAAAAGAAAAAAUAUUAUGGAUUGACUCAUCUCGGUAGAUAACAGCAAUUUUGAUGAUAAAUUUAUGAAUUUGUAAGUGCCAUUUUAAUUUGUGUAACAAAUUAAAGGCUGCAUAGAUUCCUCUUUGUAUAGUAUUACUACUCGCAGUUACAUUAUCAUGAUCAAUAAUCACUGUUUAGUUUUUUGUUUUUUUUUUUCUUAAAAACGUAAAUGGGACAAUAAAAUUGAAUUAAAUGUAUGUUGACGUUUGUGCAUACUGGAUACCUGUAACAUAUCAAUUUAGUAUUAACAGAUGAUGAAACGCAAAACACCAAAUCGUAUAUUUGAUUAUUCAUGAAUAACACUUUUUAAUCGACUUUAGCGUAUAAAGUGUCUUCAUUUGAAAUGCUGUGAUGAUUAAUGUACACGUGAGUGUGUGCGUCUUUUGUAUUACACGGAUUGGAUUUUUUAUCUUUGUAAACUGUGUUUGGAGUGAAAAUUUAUAUAAACACGGUGAAACUCUUUCCAAACAGUUGAGGCUAUUAAUUGGUGUUGGCAAGUUCUUAUCCUUUUACCAUAAAUUUAAAUAAUGAAGUGCUAAGAAAUUACUUUACAGUGGCUUUUAAUUUCGCCCCUCUUGAUUUAUUGUGUGUCCUUUGUUAGAUAACAAUAAUUAUGAUUUAAAAAAAAAAAAGGAAGAAAAUAUGCAUGUCAUAUUUUUUUUAUCUUUUUAUUUGGAUCAAUAGGUGUAAGUAUACUUUAGUUUGAAUCUAUAUUGGUAUGAACGCAAGAAAACGUUUUGGUGUGGAUUUUCAGUUCAGCUACUUUUUCUCACAAAUCAUGUUGUUGGAAAACUUUUCAAAUAAAAUGUAUACAAAAAAGAGCCAAUCCCA